CCAAAGUAGUUCACCACCUUUAAAUGAUCAUCUCUAUCUUCUCUGCCAUUCACACAAACACAAAAACAAGCACCAAUAAUAUUCAAAUCCCACAAAUUAAUGGAAGUGAAAGUAACAAGCACCACCAUCCUCCCAAGUCCCACCUCUCACCGUUCCGACAUUCCCCUCACCAUCUUCGACCGCUUCGCCGCCAACAUCCACAUCUCCGUCAUCUACGCCUUCACUCCUCCCACCCCCUCCAACGCCGACCUCAUCACCGCCCUCUCCAAGACCCUCGUCCACUUCCCCACUCUCACCGCCAACCUCUCCACCGACUCCCAUGGUCGUCCUUGUGUCUCGGUUGGAGGCCCCAAUGAAGAUGGAGGUGCACUCGUUGUUGAAGCUACUGUCUUAUCUAAACUAGAAGAUCACCUACCUCUCACUCCCUCACCAGACUUCAGGCUUCUUCACCCUGAUGCUGAAAACCCAAAGAACUUGCUCCAAGUACAGCUCAACCGAUUCCAGUGCGGUGGGCUUGUCAUUGGCCUCACCUCGCACCAUCGCGUCGCCGAUGGCAGGUCAAUGUGCGCCUUCACAAUUGCAUGGGGAAAGAUAUUACGUGGUGUUCCCAUUGAUCCACUUCCAUUCUAUGAUCAGCCGUGGCUCAAGCCUCGGGAUCCCCCUCUGGUGCAGUUUGAUCACUGGGGGAGUGAAUUCAUCCCUCUAACUCCUCAACCAAAUGAGUUUAUUAUCACUCGGACUGAUGUUGAUCCUAGUGAGAUUACCAACUUGUUGUUGCACUUCUCUCCAGAGUUUAUCAUGAAGCUCAAAGCUCAGACCAAUAAAUUAAGCACUGAUAAACACACCACAUUUGAGACACUGUUAGGGUAUCUAUGGAGGAAGAUGACCAUAGCACGCCAGUUGGAUGAUGAGGAGUGUACCACGCUGAGUGUGUCAGUGAAUGGCCGGCGUAGGUUACAGCCUACAGUGCCACCAGAGUUUUUUGGUAACUUGGUUCUAAAUGCAUAUCCGAAAGCAAAAGCAAAAGCGUUGAUCGAAGGAGGGGCCGCGACGGCAGCAGGGAUUGUUCGUGAAGGACUGAGGUUCAUCGGAGAAGAUUAUUUCCGGUCGUUUAUUGACUUUGGUGAGGUUUUUGGUGAUAGAGAUCUUGUACCUUGCUUUGAAAAAGAUGGCAAUGUGCUUUCACCGAAGAUAGAGGUUGAUGGCUGGUUAGGGCUUGGGUUUGAUGAGGUUAAUUUUGGUGGAGGUGGGAAGCUGUGUGCUUUUUUGCCUACAUGGGUGCCUUUAGAAGGGUUGUUAAUCUUCAGCCCUUCUUUGUCUCAGGUUGGCGGUGUGGAUGUUUUUGUUUCUCUACUUGAAAAGCAUGCAGCCACGAUGAGGGAGAUAUCUCACUCUUUGGAUUAGCGUUGUGGGUGUUUGUCUUUUUGGUUUGGUUCUUUUAUGAUUUUUGAAUAAACUCUUUUGGUAUAUGAUCAAGCUGCAUGCAUGCUCCACCUUUCCCCAAGAAAAAAAAAAAGAAAAAAAAAGGGAAGAUGCAUGCAUGAUGCAUCCUAUAGACUACGGAGUGUUGCUUUGUCUUUGCUCUAGAUUAGAUAGUCGUUGUGGAAUUUAAAAAAGUCUUGGAACGAGGUGUUUGAAGUCAACUUUGUGCUUUGGAGUUAACAACAAUAUUAAUAAAAAUUUACUAAAGGCCAACUGGGAAGGCAAUUCGCAGUGCAUGCACGUACUAUUUAUGCACUGUUAAUCAGAACCUGGUAAG